AUGCAGCAGCAUCAAUGGCCUUCAAGAAAAAUCAAUUGCUCCUGGCAUAUUAAUCUUACAAAGCCAAAAUUAUCAACUGAGGUUGGUGCUACAAAUAGUAUGAUGGAGGACAUUAAAUUCUAUGUUACUAAAGGUAAUAUAAGAGCAAAACAAAUAUACUCUUUACUAGUUGCUAAAUUUCCAGACUAUGCAAUAUUGAAAAAGAAUAUUUAUAAUGCUAUAAAAAGGUUUAAACCACUUCUUACAAACUGA